UGGUGUUCGCGCCUCCUUAAGCCACUCCUGGCUCCCUCACUUUAGAUAAAAUACGUCUAACCAGUUCGGUUAAAAGCAACCGAGGCGAGCUCGUCGUUAGGAGUUUUAAUGAAUAAAACACAUCGAGACGACUCAAGUCUGUUUUUGUUUUCCGCCUAGCUAGCUUGUGUGCUAACAGCAAACUCACCCACUGAGGUCAAGAUGAACUGCCAGGCCAACGGUUUCCAUAACAACUCUGCCGACGACGGCUGUUUCCUCUUCACGUCCGAAUCCGUCGGAGAAGGACACCCCGAUAAGAUAUGUGACCAAAUAAGCGACGCUGUCUUGGACGCACAUCUCGCCCAAGACCCAAAUGCCAAAGUCGCAUGCGAGACGGUGGCUAAGACGGGGAUGAUCCUGCUGGCGGGGGAGAUCACCUCCAGGGCCGUGGUGGACUACCAGAAGGUUGUGCGAGAGACCAUCAAGCACAUCGGCUACGACGACUCCUCCAAAGGCUUUGACCACAAGACCUGCAAUGUGCUGGUGGCUCUGGAGCAGCAGUCCCCCGACAUCGCUCAAGGUGUCCAUCUGGAUCGCAAGGAGGAGGACGUGGGCGCCGGCGACCAGGGUUUGAUGUUCGGCUACGCCACGGACGAAACGGACGAAUGCAUGCCGCUCACCAUUGUCCUGGCCCACAAUCUCAACGCCAAGAUGGCGGAGUUGCGCCGCAACGGGACGCUGCCGUGGCUUCGUCCGGACUCCAAAACUCAGGUGACAGUCCAGUACAAACAGGACCGCGGCGCCGUGGUGCCGCUGCGCGUCCACACCAUCGUGAUCUCCGUGCAGCACGACGAGCACGUGGGCCUGGAGGACAUGCGUCGCAGUCUGAAGGAGCAGGUGAUCAAGGCUGUGGUGCCCGCCGGCUACUUGGACGACAAAACUAUCUACCACCUGCAGCCCAGCGGGCGCUUUGUCAUCGGCGGGCCACAGGGUGACGCUGGUCUGACCGGCCGCAAGAUCAUCGUGGACACCUACGGCGGCUGGGGCGCCCACGGGGGCGGCGCCUUCUCGGGCAAGGACUACACCAAGGUGGACCGCUCGGCCGCCUACGCCGCUCGCUGGGUGGCCAAGUCCCUGGUGAAGGCGGGACUCUGCAAGCGUGUCCUGGUCCAGGUUUCCUACGCCAUCGGCGUGGCCCACCCGCUGUCGGUCUCCAUCUUCCACUACGGAACGUCCAAGAAGACCGAGAACGAGCUGCUGGACAUCGUGAGGAAGAACUUCGACCUGCGCCCAGGAGUCAUCGUCAGGGAGCUGGACCUGAAGAAGGCCAUCUACCAGCGCACUGCAGCUUACGGUCACUUCGGCCGCGAGUUCUUCACCUGGGAAGUUCCCAAGACGCUGAGAUACUAACCCACCCCCCCGCCCCCACGCUCGCUGUCCAUCACUGCUCUCUCUCCCUCUGCAAUCAUCACAUCACGAAAAAGAAUCCUCCCUCGUCCUGUCUCUAAAGAAAGAUAAGCACUCCAAGCUGCCCGUCAUGCACUUUUCUGACCUUUUGACAGAGAAGUCCGAAGCUGCUAUUGACUUUCGUCUUUAGGCUUUGUCGAGUCGCACCUUUAGAACACAACAACUCCGUUUUGUCGCUUUUAAAUGUAUCGCAGAGAGCGUUCCGAGCAAGGUUUUUUUUUGUAGUAAAGGUGAUCCUGGGUGUUAUUCCAGAGUAGCCCAGACUCUUCCUACUUGAUGAUAAACUUGUGGGACCCGAAUCAUUAAAAAGUCUGUUAAUUUUGCACUCCCGUCGUCCAGUUUGCCGCACGCCGAAAUAAGUCGAAAGCUUUUCUCUUAAUUUAUUCUUAAUUAUUUAUUCCACGACACCGACGAUCACGCCCAAAGUCUGCUGCUGUCGACGCCCUCCUCGGAUUGGCUCGUCGCCUCCGACGCCACCGUGUGGUUUCCCGGGUGUACUACAGAGAAACCCGAGAGCCACCGCUCGGGUGCGCUUCUGAUGUAACGUUCAGGUGCAAAAGGACUUCCCAACGAUGAUUUGUUUACGUCCAUGAGAGAAGGAGAGAGCCUAAUUGGCUGGUGUUGUACAAAGAAACCAGCUUGUUUACACGCUUCAUCCUUUUCUCAAAGAUGAGUCUUGUCAGUGUGGUUGCUGACUCUGUAAAAGUGCCUUUUUCCCCCCAUUUACAUGUGCCCCCCCCCCCCCCCCCCCCCCCCUCACCCCUGUGUCAUACUCAGGAGUCUGCUCUGCUGUUAAGCUUCUUUAUGUCCUAACCCUCCAAAUAAAAUUACAUGCUUUGCUCAUGCAUUUUGGAUUAUGCACUGCAUCUCUUUUAUUUGACAUUGUAAGGAAUUCCUCACUCUCAAUAAAAAUGUUCUGUAAUUUGA